CAGCUCUCCCAGCUAUCCCAGCCUAUCUUCCACUACGACCUAGGUACUGUCGACUACACCCGCAGCUAGACUGCUCUCGACAGAGUCGACACACAGACGGUACCGUACUACUGCCAUCUUUUCCCCUUUCUUUCCUCAUGCUUUUGCCUCGCAGCCCCGCACCCGCCGCCCACCACAGCAGCGCUGAACUCCAGGAGCAUUAUCGAAGCUUAUCCUCCGAAUGUCUUGUUGACCCAUUAGGCCCGCCCCUCUCCCAUCCCCCUCCGCCAGGAGACGUAUAUGUAUCCGCACGGUCCAGCCGCCGCUGCUCACCACCACGCCCUUCCUCGAUCCUCCUCGACCAGCCACGUGCCUCGCAAUGCCAUUGACCCUGAACAGCCCUAUCCCUUCUCAACUCUGAUCCGACGGAAUAGGAGAGCAUCAUGUCGACGACCCAGGCGCCCAACAGCCCCGUGGCCACCGAGGCCGAAGAGCCCAGGAAGAAAGGAGCCCGAGGAGGCAAACGAUCAGUGACGCACCUGAGUAAGGCGCAGCUGGCCCGGAAGCGGGCAAACGAUCGAGAGGCACAGCGGAAUAUCAGACAGCGCACGAAAGAGCAUAUCGAGAACCUGGAGAGGAAAGUGAAGGAGUUGGAGGCGGAAAAGCGUUCAGACAGCAUGGAGCGCCUCAUCCAGAGAAACCGGGAGCUGGAGCUGGAGGUGGAGAGGCUCCGAGCUCAGUUGACCCAACGGACAUCCUCCGUGGAUCACACAUCCCCUAUCCAAGAGGAAUUAUUGAUUCCGCAGAAGCUGGCCCUGGACUGGAUACCGGACACCUAUAAGCAGGAGAACGUCCUUCCCGUGUCCAUCUACCCCACGGCGGAUCAAGUAUAUCCUACCGCCCAGGCGUACACCGAUGCCGAGCCCCCGGAACAUCUCUACACCCCCACGGCUGCGACCCCGAUGUGGGACGAUCCUACUGCCUUUGUGCGGACAACACAGAGCCUGACGAAACCCGCUACAGCGUGGGCGCCCUUCAAUCCUGCCCUAUCCCAACCACCUCGAUUUACAGAGUUUCACCCAUCCGACUUCUCCAACGUCAUGAACCCUCCUCCCCCCUACACCAAUACCACCUGCUGGCAAUCCCAACCUUCAGUCUAUGAUUGGCAGGUCUUCCCCAAGUUGAAGACCCCCGUCACACCCAUUGAUCAUUUGAUCAUGAGAGCGAUCCAUUCGCACCGGAAUCUUCAGUUCUCUGACCCCGGCGCGGAAGAGCUCCUGGGGUUGGACCUACCUCCCGUCCAAGUUCUCUUCAAUCCACAUAGCCCUGCGAAGAUGCAUCCUGCGCUCAACGACGUGAUGGUACAGUACUCGAACGUAUUAUCAGCUCGCGGCUUCACCUUCUUCCCAGAGAGACUGGCAAGUUUCAUUUGCAUGUAUCGACUUGUGCAGUGGCAGAUCUCGCCGUCCCCCCAGACCUACAAAGCUCUCUAUGAGUGGCAGCGGCCCCGGAAAUCCCAACUUGUCAUCACACACCCUGCGUGGAUGGAUCUUCCGCCAUGGCCGAAGUUCCGCGAAAAGAUUGUCGAGAACCAAGCUCGCUACGACACGCCAGAGUUCCAGCACGACUAUGUGACGAACCUGUCAGCGAAUUUCCCGUAUGAGUGGAUGCAGUCCUUCCUGUUCGAGAGCAACCAAAUGCUCAGGGUUACCAAGGUGCUGGAGAGCCAUCUGCGGGACCCCUCCAAUUUCAGUAUGAAGAAGGCGUUUGGGGAUAAAUAUCCGGAGUUUAGGGAAGUUUGUCGUAUUGACGAGAUUUAGGCGGGACUUGGGCUGGAUGUACAACAUAUAUCUAG